AUGAGCUUUUACGAUGUAAUGACGAACGAUCGUUUCUCGUGUCAUCCCUUUUGCCGGUGCAGAGAAGGAAGCGGGCAAUCCGGGGUCAACAGGUUGCUGGCCUUGUUCGGCGACAAGAGCGACCCGAACUGCGUCAAGGCCAGUUCCCAGCCGGGUUCGGCGGGUUUCGGGCUCGAAGACAGCGUGGCUAGACAAGGAACCCUCAGCUUGAAGACGGUCAUGAUUGACGGCAAACGAGCCGGAGAUCGAUCCUGGAAAACUGGAUACGCUGUUUUGCGGUCGUCCUUGCUCUACUUCAGACCGAAAGAGAAUCGCUCGCGUUGUGCAAACUCUCCGCUGGGGAUUGAGGAGCAGCCUGCGGUGGAUGUUCGCGGCAGUUGCGUGGAAUUGGCAUCGGACUACACUAAAAAGAAGAACGUGUUUCGCAUUUUCCGCUCUUCGCCGCAGUCCGAGUACUUGCUUCAGGCUGACACGGCAUCCGAGUUGAACUUGUGGUUGCAGAGCCUUCAAGAAGCCGCAGGUGUCGCCAAGGAUGCCGGUGCGGUUUUCGGGUCAUGCGACGAGAGCACGCACGAGUUAGCCGCGGGCACCGCAACGACGCCCAGCGUGGCGCAGCCGAAAGGCAUCAAGAAGCUCACCACUUCCCUUCGGCACCGAUCUCCGUCGGGUCACAGUCCCGUGUCUAAGACCCGCAAACCCAGCCAGGCCUCUUUGAUGUCGACAUCCGGACCUGCGUCACUGUCGUGUCCCGAACCGUCGCUGGAUGCGACUUUGCCAUCGCCGAAAGCGCGGACGUGGCGCGGUCGAGUGGCUCGUCAAUUCCGGCGGAUUCAGCAUCACAAUACGAGUGGAUCCCAGCGACACUCGGCAUCUUCUUUGGCGGAGAUUCCAGAGGGAGCCACGAUCGGGAUCCCGAUUGAAAACUGCCCCAUGUGCGCAUCCAAUGAAUGUUUACCUGUACUGGUCGAAGUGUGCAUCUCGAUCGUGGAGAGCAAAGGGCUGAAUACGAUCGGGGUUUAUCGGGUGCCUGGGAAUAGUGCGGCCGUUUCGGCGCUCACUGAGUCGCUCAACAAGGGCUUUGAUCAGGUGGACAUGACGGAUGCCAAAUGGUCUGACGUGAAUGUUAUUUCGAGCCUGCUCAAGUCCUUCUUCCGCAAGCUUCCGGACCCGUUGGUCUCGUCGCAUCUUUACUCAGCAUUCAUGGACGCUGCGACCAUCGAAGACCCGGUGCAUCACCUACUUCAACUCAAGAAGCUGGUGCGAACACUUCCGGAGGUCAAUUACGAGACGCUGCGAUACCUCAUUCUGCAUUUGGCGAAGCUUUCCGCCAACCAGGCUGUGAAUAAAAUGGACCCGAAGAACCUGGCAAUAGUUUUUGGUCCGAACCUGAUUCGAGGCCCGGAUCAAAAGGUCUCCACCAUGGUCUCAGACAUGGCGCAUCAUUACCGCAUCCUGGAGAGCCUCAUUGUCGCCGCUGAGUGGAUUUUCGAGGAAGACGACGAGCUGAAUCCUGAGCGGAUUCCCCACGAAGCUUUAGAGCGCCGCGGAGACGAAAGGGAGUCCCCGUCUUUCACGUCAGCAAAUCAUUCCUUGUACUUGAAUAACGCCAUCAGGAUUCAAGAUAUGACCGGUGCGAGCCAAUUAUCGGCAGGCAUUCACGAAACGAAAAAUUCCUUGGUAUCAUCUGUGAUCUCAGCCGCUCACCGGAAAACGAAGCUGAGCAGUUCGUCCAUAAAGUCCGGCUCAGUUUCUGAACCCAUCAGUAUCCCGGGGCCAGAGUCUGGGAAGCGUCCCAAGAAAGAAAUCUCUUCGCCUCUGACGAGGAAGGAGAAUUACUUAGUCACCAAAAGCGACGAGGCGAUGUCGUCCGUUCUCGAAGAAGACGUUGGACCUCGGUCUUUACCUCCUCUGCCAACUCCGGACCAAAUGCGAGUGCGAUCAGAGUGUCCCGCCCUCGGACCUCUGUCCGCAAAUACAGCCGGUUUAUCGUCAUCUGCUGACGACGUUGUAAAGAUGGACACUCGUCAGCAUCAGCCGGAGAAGACCAGUGAAGAUGGCUCAGUGAUGAUCCGAUCGUACGCGGGACUGAUCGCGGACACGCAAAAACGGAUCCGGAAGUUCGAGGAGGAAACGAAGGCUAUAAUGCAGAUCCGACCGGUGUUGGAAAGUCGUGUGGAUAGUUCUGAUCUCAGCGGUGGUAGCAGUGCGUCGGUCGAGGCUGCGAGGUUAAAUUCUUCCGUCGCCUCCGACAGCAGCUACACACCUUCCAUGCCUAGUUACCCAAAGACGCGAAUGAUGGCACCGUUGCCGCUUCCAAGCGGACUUCCUCCGCACAUGCAGCCGCACAAGCCUGGUGCUGGCCCGAUCGCAAGCAACGUUGUGUUGCGUCCUCCUGCUCACAGAUUUUUCCAGGCUGGGGCGACUCUUCGGCGUGGCAUUUCUGCGGAGAACCUGUCAUCUCCGGCCGCGCAAACGUCUGCGACGCCUUCCGCUUCCGGUCGCACUUCCGUAUUUGACGCGUCGAAAAUCGUGCUUCAAGACACGCUUCGACGGGCUCGAUUCCCUCGAACUCAGCCGUUAGUUUCUUCGACUGCGAGUGCAUCCGGGAAGCAAGUUGCACCCCAGAUUGUGAUGUCUCCGGUAGCAGAAGAAGCUUGUGAUGCCAUUGACGGAGCUGGAGCUUCAGCUGUUGCCCGUCGGCCAUCUCAUCACGUUCGUUACGGAUCUCUGGAUUCCCUGCGAGAAUUCCUCCCUGCGCAAGAAGUUAAAGAAGAAGAUCUGAUGCAGUCCAUCACCGCUUCGUUGGAUGAACGCUUGAAAGGCUUACGAUCGUCGGUGAAUCGCAAGGAGAACCUGUACAUGCCAUUGCCAUCGGUGAAGAUGAGUCCGAAGUCGGUGCAACUGAAAAACCCGGAGGAGACUGAAGAGGAAGACUCCGAAAGUGUUCAGUCAGCUUCCGACGAAACCCGACGACAAUAUCGCGAUCCGAGCUUGCACAGGAUUUCCGCUCUUCCGGCUGGAUCCAGCUUGAAGUCCGUGGGCAGCGAUCAGUCUCUUCAGAAGCGCGACAGCUUUGCGUUGCGGACGUCGAAGAAGCUCUCAAGUUCGGAAGAUGACAGGAGUAGUAUUGACUCGAGCCGUUCACUGAUCGAUUCAAAUCAAAAUCUCAGCGGAGAAUCGGGAUCUCAAGUAAUUAAAUCGAGUCGUCGGGUCGAGGAACGAUCCCGUUCAGCGAAGUCUACCGAACGUCGUCCCGUUCAACGGGAAGAAAGAUCAAAAAAUGGUCGCUCAGGUUCAGGGACGAAUAAGGAUAAACUGACUCGUUCCGAGUCCUUGUCGAAAACGCAACGAUCUCAAAUCCUUGCGCUCAUCUCACAAGGCGUACUGCCGACGCGGGAAGGCAACAACCUGCCGCUCAUCACUUCUUCAAACGGCGGCAACGUCGGAGGCAACUCCAAGCGAGACACAAAAGUGAAGGCCAGCGUGAAGGAGCUGAAGGAGAUGUUCGAAAAGGGCUUGUCCGCCGGCUCCGGUUUCGCCAACACUGUCGGUGCCGGCUUGAAGCAAGCCAAGACCGGCAAAAAGGGCAGUGGGCGGAAAAUCAAACGGCGCCACACCGUGGGCGGCACGAAGGACUUUGAAAAGUUUCGACGCGUGAUCCAACAAGCCUGUACUUGGAGUCGUGAAGGCAAGAGUAGUCUCGUGUGGGACCGAUCCACUUCGGGUGACGCGGAUCAGUUUAAGGCUGGCUGGAUGCGGACUUCGUCGCCGGAGCUGAGUCCCAAGACGGCGCCCGUCGGCGGCAUCAACUGGGUGGCGGAAAUUAUGAGUCAGGAGGCGGCCGUGGCGGCUGCCAACGGGCUCGUCAACCUCGAGGACUUGGAGCGGUUCAAGCGCAAUAGCCUCCAGCUCGGACCGAUUUUCUCGUACGCGUUGCAGUCGAAAGUGUAGAUCCCGGUCGGUCGUUUCUUCAUCGCCCAUAUUACCGUACUCAUUCCUUUCGGACGCACUAAAAAUCCCUCAAGUAUUGAGUAUCGCAUUAAUUUUGUUUCAAGUACCUGUCCAACACUUAGUGAAAUUUUUACGUUGAUUAGCUGCGAGCGAUUGUCCAUACGUUUUGAGACCCGAGCUUUUGUCCUCAGCACCAGAGGUUAACAUUUUGUGUAUGUUUUGCAUCAACUCAUAUUGGGGAACAAAUUUUCGCGCACUUAUCUUCAUAAGCAGGUAAGAAAGAGUGCUUGAAACUUCUUGUUCCCUUGUAAAAUGCGGAUCGUGAGAAGAAAGCUAGUGUUGCAAAUGCAUUGAUUUAUCUUAUGAGAGAAGCGGCAGAAAAUUUAGUGAAAAUUGUAGGGGCGUGUCACUUCUUGAGGGAUAAUGUCAUUGAUGGCUUUCUCAUAAUUUAAAUGCAUUUUCGCGUAUUUAUUCUAUCUAGUCACAAAACCUAUGGACUAUCCUUCGUCUAGCACAGUACUUCAAAAAAUAAAUAAAUAAACGGUGAGGAUAAUUGAAUCUGUUCGAUCUGAACCGAAUUCCUUCGUAGUGGAACACUGUUUGGGCAAAGUGAUGAGGAGAAAUAGUGGCUCUAUUUUCGACGACGUAUUUAUGCUAGCAAUUCGUGAGUGUUUGCCUUUGUCAUAAUAAUACAGUAAAUCGAAGCACGUUGCUGUAUAGAUCUAUGAUGCUAGUCCUCGUGUUGGCACUUUUUCGCAGGUCCAUUUUGAAACGAUGCGUUUAUGAUCUAAUUUUGUUGUGCACCGAUCGACAUUUUACGGAGUGGGGACGAGCAUUGCGGGAAAUUGCAAAUGGCGAUGUUUUCACAUAUCGUUACGAAAUUAUUUUUAUUUUGGAAGUGGACGCGAGAGACAUGCUCUUGUUGUUAGACUUGAAGAACCUGCUUUUUUUGGAUGGCGUAUGAUUUCUAGUUUGUUUUUUUUCGUCGAUUGUUCGUCUUUUUAAUACGAGAAAAGCCGGUGUAAUUCGGAGAAUGUUUUUGUUCUUUUUCUAAGAUUCCUGAUAUUUUUCCGCUUUUCUUCUGCUGUCGAAAGUUGCCGAUUGGCGGGAAGUUAGUCCUUCCCGCGAGGCUGAUGAGUUGCGCGUUUGACCGGCACGGUGAAGACGAGAUUUUGAGAAGUGGUUUUGUUCUUUUACCGAUUUGUGAUUGUAUACAGACAUUUUUUGGAGAUUUUAUUUCUGAGGCUCACGUAUGAAUGAAUACAGGAUGGGAUUUUGCCAA